AUGCUAAACGAAUUGCUCAAGAUUCUUCUUGUGUGUUCAUUUGCAAUGGUUCGCCCAACUUCGAAUAUUCCGUCUACUAUACCUACGUCGACUAAGACAACAACUUCGUCGCUACCACCACCAGCGCCAUCAGUUGUCCACUUCGAUACCACGUUCAUUUUGGAAUAUCUUGCUAAUCGCGAUCUUUACCUCGUCGACGCAUUCUUACAUCGUUCAUUCUUCGUAUCAAUUCGUGAAUACUUCGUAAACGAAGCUACUUUUCCAUCAGAAGAAGCUCAAGAUUAUCCACCGAAACAUCAACGAUUACUUCCACUUCUUUACAAUGCACAACUUCGUCGCAACACACUUUCGGACCUCAUCAUACCUCGCAUUCCUAAUCCUAUUGAGGAUCAACGUGUAUUCACAGAUCUUUUCGCUCAACACUCGGUAACACUUUCUCGCUUUAGGCACAUUCUCGCUUUCGCUACAGCUACUACGUCACUCGGUUAUGCCCACUUGCAGCACAUUGCUAACUCGAUCAAGCACAAUUUGAACGUCUCCUCCGAAUCAUUCACCUCUGACGAUGAUGAACUCCCUACGACUAAGCAGCUUCUUGGACUAAGAACUCGUGAUCACAAUGUCGACUCGGUUGUCAAGUUGCUGAAGGAAGCUACACUCUCAGCCACAACACCAGCCAACUCCACAGUUUCCACUCAGUCUACUACUACUACAGUAACUACAUAG